AAUAGUACUGAGCAAUUUCGGACGUGGCUUUUUUUACUUAAAUAAUUUUGAUUAGAGAAAGAAAAUCUAAAGUAUUGUGGGCCGAGUAUUAAAUUGAGGUCCGAUCCCUCUGUGAAGCCCAAACCCAAUCCGUUAGUAGAGUUCUCCCUCUCUUUGGUCUUUGCUGUCACACUUAUGGGGCCAUGGCUGGGAAGCUCCUGAAGCAGCUCCGACCGCCACCGUACACCGCCACCGCCUCUGCGAGCCUCCACCGCCCUCGAUUUCUCAACUUCCAUAAUGCCACUCGGCUCUUCUCCGAUGCGCCUCCUCCCUCCGGAGAGCCUCCGCCGUCGAUUCCACCGCCUCAAAACCCUCACUCUCCCUCGCCGUCGUCUCUGAACCAGGCAGAGCUCGCUAAGUUCGCCGCCAUUGCCGGAACCUGGUGGGAUUCUGAAGGACCAUUCAAACCUUUGCAUGCCAUGAAUCCUACAAGACUCGCCUUCAUUCGCUCCACGCUGUGUCGUCAUUUCAGGAGGGAUCCAUUAUCUGCUAGGCCCUUUGAAGGGCUCAAGUUUCUUGAUGUUGGCUGUGGUGGUGGAAUUCUGUCUGAGCCUUUAGCACGGAUGGGAGCUUCUGUAACGGGAGUUGAUGCUGUGGAUAAAAAUAUCAAGAUAGCUCGCCUUCAUGCUGACUUGGAUCCGGUGACCUCAAGCAUUGAAUAUCAUUGCACAACAGCUGAAAAACUAGUCGAGGAGCAGAGGAGUUUUGAUGCUGUGUUUGCUUUAGAGGUAAUUGAGCACGUGGCAAAUCCUGCUGAGUUCUGCAAAUCUCUGUCUGCCUUAACUGUUCCUGAUGGAGCUAGCGUGAUUUCAACUAUUAACCGUUCUAUGAGAGCAUAUGCUACUGCAAUUGUUGCUGCCGAGUAUCUCCUCCAUUGGCUUCCUAAAGGUACACAUCAAUGGUCCAGUUUCCUUACUCCUGAAGAACUAGUCUUGAUCCUGGAGCGUGCUUCUAUUUCGGUCCAAGAGAUGGCUGGAUUUGCAUACAACCCUUUGACAGGAAGAUGGUUUAUAUCUGACGAUGUUAGUGUAAACUUUAUCGCUUAUGGUACCAAAAUAGAAACAGUCACUUUAUAAAUGCAACCAAAUCUUGCCCCCUUUUGUUGUCUGGAUGAAAAUUCUUAAUCUAGUCUUCACCAUGUUCUUCUUCCUCCCUUUCCUCCAUCAUUUUUAGUUUCCAAAUUCGGAAGAAAGAUGUAGGAGAUAAUUGUACACAAAUCAUAUUGAACAAUGAUCUGCAGAUAUCACCCCCUCCCAUUACAAUGCUUGCAAAUCAGAUGAUCAUUUCCAUUUUCGAACUCUUACCACGAA